AUUUGAUAUGUAUGGUAGACUCAAACAGAUACGUCUGUUAGCUUGACGUUCCUUGUUUUCUUCUCCACUUUGCUGCUUUGUCACAUUGACCAUAUUGUGCAAUUGUUUUAACAUUCGGACAUAGCUCGGCUGCCGUGCGACGUUCUGAAGGAAAUUGGAAAUCGAAGUGCUCUCACCUGGAAGAACCCUCUAAGCUGAGGCAAACCCGACCAUGGCCGACUACGAGACAUACAAGCUUGGAAACUUCAAGCUCAAGUCUGGCGGAGAGAUUCCAGAUGCGUUCAUCGCAUACAAGACACUGGGCGACCCCUCUCUCCCAGCCAUCAUCUACCCGACCUGGUACUCUGGCCUAAUCGCAGACAACCUCUGGCUCAUAGGCCCAGACAAGACCCUCGAUCCCUCAAAAUACUACAUCAUCAUCCUUGCGCUAUUUGGGAACUCCCAAUCCUCAUCGCCGUCUAACACGCCCUCCCUACGACCCUUCCCCGAAGUCCUCUUCUAUGACAACGUACGCGCGCAGCAUGAGGUCGUGACCAAGCACCUCGGCAUCAAGCAUGCACGCGCUGUGCUCGGGUGGAGUAUGGGCGCAGGCCAAACGUAUCAGUGGAUGACGCAGUACCCCGACUUCAUGGAUAUUGGAGUACCGUUCUGUGGAAGCGCAAAAACGAGUCUGCAUAACCAGGUGUUCCUCGAAGGCGUCAAAAGCGCGUUGUAUGCUGCGAAGGGGACCAGUUCGGCGGGUGUGUCAAAGCCGGAUGUUGACACGGCGAACGCGCAAGGAGCGCGGUUGAAGUCGUACACUGGGUUCUCCGACGAGAACGCAAAGAUCGGACUAAAGGCGUUGGGUCGCGUGUAUGCUGGAUGGGGAUUCUCGCAAGCAUUCUACCGUGAGAAGCUGUAUCAGACGGCACCGUUGCUCGGUUUCAAGGACCUGGACGACUUCCUGGUGAACUUCUGGGAGGCGUGGGCUUUGUCGAAAGAUCCGGAAAAUAUGCUCGUCAUGGCGCACACAUGGCAGGCUGGUGACUGUUCGCAACAGGAGCCGUAUAAUGGCGAUUUCAACAAGGCGAUGCAGGGCAUCAAGGCUAAAGCUCUAGUACUACCUACGAAGACAGAUCUUUACUUCCCACCGGAGGACUCGGAGAUUGAGGUCGAGGCUAUGAGACCGGGCGUUGGAACUCUGAAGGUGUUCCCUAGUAUUUGGGGUCACUGGGCUGGUGGUCCUGGUCAGAGUACUGAAGACGUCAAGUGGCUUGACGAGAACUUGAAGGAAUUCUUCGCGAACAACUGAGAUAUGUUCAGGUAGCUGCGUGGUUGCAGUGGAGGGAUUCAGCUUGUUUGAUGUUCCUGUGCCAGGUCGACUGAGCCAACAACUGUGAAUCGGCCAUGGAAGCCCUUUCGUUCGAUUACGUAGACCUUAUCAACAAGCCACCCCAGAGUCUUGGGAGCAC